CUAGCUAACAAUGGUCUCACCGCGGUGUGAGAAAUAAACAAAUUGCAAAUUGUUGGCCAACAAAAUUGGCAAUUCUCCUGAUAAUGUCGUUCCACCUGAGCACAAAGGAGCGUCUGCUGCUCCUGAUCGACGACAUCGAGAUGAUAGCCAAGGAGCUGAUCGAGCAGGCCCACCAGAAGAUCUCCAGCACGGAGCUGGUGGACCUGUUGGAUUUACUGGUGGCCAAGGACGAAGAGUUCCGAAAAAUGCUGGAACUGGCGGAGGAGCAGGCCAAAGUGGAGGAGGCGAUGGAUAAGCUGCGUGCCAAGGUGGAAGUGCAUGACCGGGAGAUCCAAAAGCUGCAAAAGUCUCUGAAGGAUGCUGAGCUCAUCCUGUCUACGGCCAUUUUCCAGGCUCGCCAAAAGCUGGCCAGCAUCAAUCAGGCCAACAAGCGACCGGUUUCCUCGGAGGAGCUGAUCAAGUACGCACAUCGGAUUAGCUCCGCCAACGCAGUCAGUGCUCCGCUGACCUGGUGCAUUGGCGACUUGAGACGCCCCUAUCCCACGGACAUCGAGAUGCGCAACGGGCUGUUGGGCAAAUCCGAACAGAACAUCAACGGCGGCCCGGUGACGCACCAGAACAGUGGGAUUCCCUCGGAGCAGCAGAGAUCCUUGUCCGGGAGCGGAGGAAGUGGGAGUGGCAGCGGCGCAGGAGGAGAAGUGCCCAAUGCCUUCCAGAACCAAUUCAACUGGAAUCUGGGCGAGCUGCACAUGACCAUGGGCGCUUCGGGGAAUACGGUGGCCCUGGAAACCCGCGCCCAGGACGACGUCGAGGUCAUGUCCACCGACAGUUCGAGCUCCAGUUCCAGCGACUCACAGUAGGAUUGAUUAAAUCUCGUUUAAGCUAGUGGUUUAGUAUUUAAAAUAAAAGCGCAUUAUAAGGAAAAUAA